GCAGCCACGUCUUCAUCGAACGUUACCAAAAACCAUUGCAUGUGUCCUGGUGUAAGCUAGUCUGGAACGCAGCUCGCAAAAUCUAACACUUGCCCAAGUUCUCCACGGCUUAUAUAGAAGCCUCUUUGCGGACGACUGGCAGUAACUUUACUAGCUGUGUGCUCUCUCAUCCACAUCGAACACUUGCCGUUUAAGGUCAGGGAGGUGAUUAAUCAGGUUCGAUUUCCUGAAAGAACUGAAUUUGCCCGAGAAGGUCGGACUGGUCGAUCUAGACGGCCGUGUAGUGUGUGUGUGCAUGGCAGUGCUGUCGUCUGCGAAGCGCGUGCUCCCAUGGGCCUCCUGCAACGGCCAUGCCUUGGCGCGGGUCAGCGGCGGCCUCCGAGGCCUUCUCGGAACGGUGCGUAAGUGCUGCGCGUGGGGGCGAGAUUUCCGUGGUUUACAGUUCAGAUCCCCCUCUGCAUGCGUGAUCAAACUCUUUUUAUUCGUUUUCUUUCUUCGUCUUUCGGUUGAGGAGAAGCAUUUCGAUCGAUCCCAUCUGGACUGGUCAUGUCCACGAUGGUGAUGAGAUCGAUGGGGACUCACGGUAGGCGCCUUCUCGCCAUGCAGGCCGACGGAGCUGCUGCUGCUGGCGGCUGCUCUCUUCUCCCGUGCAGGUGGAGGUCGUCGCUGCCUCAGCUGGACUCCGUCGACAGCUCUAUCAAAAAUCUGUUGCCCUCCUCCGUUAAUUCCGGUCCGACGAGGACAGCAGCGGCGGUGACAUCGACUGGGACAACCUCGGCUUCGGGCUGACCCCGACGGAUUACAUGUACGUGAUGCGGUGCUCCCAGGGCGACGCCGGCUUCUCCCGCGGCGAGCUCAGCCGCUACGGCAACGUCGAGCUCAGCCCGUCCUCCGGCGUCCUCAAUUACGGCCAGGGUCUUUUCGAGGGUCUGAAGGCGUACAGGAGGUCGUCGGAGAUGGGCGGGUACACGCUGUUCCGGCCGGAGGAGAACGCGCGGCGGAUGCAGGUGGGCGCGGAGCGCAUGUGCAUGCCGGCCCCUUCCGUCGAGCAGUUCGUGCACGCCGUCAAGCAGACCGUCCUCGCCAACAGGCGCUGGGUGCCGCCGCAAGGGAAGGGGGCGCUGUACAUCAGGCCGCUGCUCAUCGGGAGCGGGGCCAUCCUCGGCCUGGCGCCGGCACCCGAGUACAUGUUCUUGAUCUACGCCGCGCCAGUAGGAACGUAUUUCAAGGAAGGACUGGCGGCGAUAAACCUGCUCGUGGAGGAGGAGAUCCACCGCGCGAUGCCGGGCGGGACCGGCGGGGUCAAGACGAUCGCCAACUACGCGCCGGUUCUGAAGCCGCAGAUGGACGCAAAGAGCAAAGGUUUCGCGGACGUGCUGUACCUGGACCCGGUUCACAAGAGGUACGUGGAGGAGGCCUCCUCGUGCAACCUCUUCGUCGUGAAGGGCGGCGCCGUCGCGACGCCGGCGACGGCGGGGACGAUCCUGCCGGGGAUCACCCGCAAGAGCAUCAUCGAGCUCGCCAGGGACCGCGGCUAUCAGGUCGAAGAGCGCCUCGUCUCCAUCGACGAUCUCGUCAGUGCAGACGAAGUGUUCUGCACGGGGACGGCCGUCGGUGUCACGCCAGUGUCGACCGUUACCUACCAAGGGACAAGGUACGAGUUCAGGACGGGCCAAGACACGUUGUCGCGGGAACUGUACACGGAUCUGACGUCGAUCCAGAUGGGCCUGGCCGAGGACAAGAAAGGAUGGACGGUCGCGGUAGAUUAGGACAUCAUAGCAUGGGCGCAAUGGCAGAAAGAUUCAGAAUUCUAUGUGUUUUGCCAAUGUAAAUAAUCGUGAUGGUGGUAUCUCGCAUUAGAAGGUACCCAAGUCACCAGCUAGGUAAAAAUUGGUCACGGAAAGAAGCAAAUUCUUUAUCCUACGUGCUGCUACAUUUAAUUGCCAA